GUGUAUAUUUACUUUUAGAAAAAUGGGAAGACCUCAACAACGCUAUAGAGGAGUCCGUCAAAGGCAUUGGGGCUCUUGGGUCUCUGAGAUUCGUCAUCCUAUACUGAAGACAAGGAUAUGGCUGGGAACUUUCGAAACGGCCGAAGACGCCGCCAGAGCAUACGACGAAGCAGCUACGAUUAUGUGUUGUACUCCCAACAAUCUCUCCACCAAUCAUAGCGCACCACAUCAUCCCUCGCCGGCAUCGCCCUCGUCCAAGCUUCUAACUCCGACAUUGAUCGAGAAGUUGCAAAGAUGUCGAAUGGCUUCCCUCCAAAUGACCAAAGCCCAAUUCGCCGUCCGGAAAUCCGCCGACCCAACUCAAACUCCGGCCACCAAACUCGAGGGAGGUCACUGGCCGGAGAAAGAGGCCAGAUGGGUCUCCAGCCGGGAGGUUGAGGAGGUCCGCCGGCUUGAAGAUGACCACGUGGAGCAAAUGAUUCAAGAGUUGCUUGAUCUUGGGUCCUUUGAGUUUUGCCCUAAUAAUAAUAAUUAAUAAUCAUCAUUUUGGUUCUACAAAUAAUUAGAUUACAUUAUUUAUGAAAUAAAUUCAAUGCUCUUUUUCUUUUUAA